CGCGCGCGCAAAGCUGUCUGGGUAAUGUAGUUUUGUGGCCUGACUUCACGACUCAAAGUUCCUGGAUACCGGAGCUCGUGUUUACCGCUAGAUUUCCGCAGCGACUGUGCGGUUCCCCCGGUUUCCUCCAGCGAAAGAGGUCCGGCGGUAAAAGCGGCUGGUCGCGCAGACAAAGGGAAACACAGGCGGACACGUGCGGGCCGCGGACACGGCGGAGAGUCUGGACAUCGCAGCGUAAACACGGCGCGGAGUCGCACUGCUGAACAUUUCACCUGGGAUUAGAACACUUUUAUGAGCCAUGUCUGACCAGAAGGACGGGAAGGGGGCAGCGAACGGGGACGCCGUGGACGCCAGACAGGCAGACGCACCAGAUGCUGGUAAGGCCGAGGCUGGAGCAGGUGAGCCCACGCAGGUGGAUGCGAAGGGUCACUCGUACAGCUUCAGAUACAGCCUGAACUACCCCUGCAUCGGCCACUGCAUCAUCAUCAACAACAAGAACUUCCACAGGAGUACCGGCAUGAACCAGCGUAACGGUACGGAUGUCGAUGCAGGAAACGCCAUGAAAACGUUUGGAAAGCUGGGCUACAAAGUGAAGGUGUUCAACGAUCAGACAGUCGCGCAGAUUACAAACGUUUUAAGUACAGUUGCCCGGGAGGAUCACAGCCGCUGUGCCUCGUUUGUGUGCAUGUUGUUGAGUCACGGAGAUGAGGGUGUGCUGUUCGGGACAGAUGGAGCAGUGCAGCUGAAAGACCUAACCAGCCUGUUCAGAGGAGACCGCUGCCCCUCACUAGUGGGCAAGCCCAAACUCUUCUUCAUACAGGCCUGCAGGGGCACUGACCUGGACGCGGGUAUUGAAAUGGACAGUAACUCGGAUGGUUCACCUGUGAAAAUCCCAGUGGAGGCUGAUUUCCUCUAUGCCUACUCUACAGCACCAGGUUACUACUCAUGGAGGAACACCAUGACUGGCUCUUGGUUCAUCCAGUCUCUCUGUGAGAUGAUCAACAAAUAUGGCAGAGAGCUGGAGAUCCUGCACAUCCUGACCAGGGUCAACCACAAGGUGGCGCUAGACUUCGAGUCCACCUCCAACUCACCAAUCUUCGACGCCAAGAAACAGAUUCCCUGCGUUGUGUCCAUGCUGACCAAAGAGAUGUACUUCACUUGCUGAGAGGCUGCAAGCCAAACCUAUUUUUGUAGGAAAUGGUUUCUGCAUGUGUGUUGUUACGGAUAAAGCCACAAUCAGGGAUUUCAGGACAACAAACAGGUAGCCACAUUAGCCACUGGACUUUCUCAUCACUGAAUGAAGGGAAAGAGAAAACGUUCAUGACAAUUAAAACACAAGAGCCAGUAGCCAACAGCGUCACAUAAAACACCGGGUCCUAGUAGGUUUGGUGUUUUUGAAUACCAAAAAUGUUAGGAAAGCCCUUCAAAAGCAUUUUGAAAAGCAUUUCAGUCUAAUUUGAUGCUUGAAUUUGUAAGGCAUUUUUAAAAAGCAUCAAAACACACCCCCAUUGCCAAUAAAGGGAAGUAGUUCCAGAUGUUACAGGCCGGAUGUGUUGAUCAGAAGAAAAAAAAAAACCUCAGCAUCUUAAUGAUGAUAAAAAUAAAUAAUACUCUUACCGUACUACAUAUUUAAAAAGGAUAUACUUUCAAGGGUUCUUUA